AUGAGUGAGAUGAGACCCCGCAUCAAACCACUCAAGCGCCGUACCAAAGUCACCUUCAUCAAGCGCGCAGCAAAUAUGGCUGCAUCGGCCCAGACCGGGUCGCCGCAACACUCCGACAGCGACAUGGAUGAGGAAUUCAUCGACGACACGAGUGAUCUAGGAAUCGAGCCGAACGGGGUCGUGCCAGAACUUUUCACGGCGUCUCCACCUGUGCGUGAUGCGCUCCCGACGGCCACAUCAUCGAUCCAGGCCGAAACGGUGCGGGAGUGUGUCCCGCUGCUGGCUGCUACGGACAGCGACAUUGAUUACAACGCUCACGGAGUACCUUCACUACUUCGUGAUAACCAUGUCAAAUUUCUACAGAAGCAGCUUGGGAGAUUCCCGGCCCCGUAUGUGGCGGCCGACGCGAGUCGGCCCUGGUUCCUGUACUGGUCUCUCAACGCCCUGGCCUUGCUCGGCUACGACACAGCAGUGUACCGGGAGGACCUGAUAAAGACAGUGCGCACAAUGCAGAACCCGUCCGGUGGUAUCGGGGGCGGUCACGGACAGGACUCCCAUCUCGCCACAACCUACGCAGUCGUUCUCGCCCUUGCCAUUGUCGGCGGUGAGGAUGCAUACGAGGCGAUAGAUAGGAAAGCCAUGUGGAAAUGGCUCUGCUCUCUCAAGCAACCCAGUGGCGGGAUUCAGAUGGCCCUGGGCGGAGAAGUAGAUGUCAGGGGAGCCUACUGUGCAACCGUAAUUGUAACCCUCUUAGACCUGCCUCUGGACCUUUCAACCGACUCUCCGGCCUGGACGCCUGAGCGACCCACGCUCUUCACUGGAUUGGCGGAUUAUGUACGUAGAUGCCAAACGUUUGAGGGUGGAAUAUCGGGAAAGCCGGAUGGUGAAGCGCAUGGAGCCUACGCUUUCUGCGCUUUGGGCUGCCUCUCGAUUCUGGAUACUCCGCAUCGCAUCAUCCCCAAGUACCUCGACGUGCCACGACUCAUCUCUUGGCUCUCGUCACGGCAGUACGCUCCGGAGGGUGGCUUCAGUGGCCGCACAAACAAGCUCGUCGACGGCUGCUACAGCCAUUGGGUUGGUGGGUGUUGGCCCUUGAUCGACGCUGUGCUGAAGGGCGCGAUCGAACUCGAGGAUCAAUCAACCGAGGCGCACUCUGCUCCCCACGAGGGCAGUCUUUACAGCCGAGAAGGGUUGAUUCGAUACAUAUUGUGUUGCGGUCAAGACCGGUCCAAACGUGGCGGUCUCCGCGACAAGCCCAGCAGGCCGUCGGAUGCGUACCACACUUGCUACGUCCUCUCAGGACUGAGCUCUGCGCAGCACCAGUGGGAUCUCACAUAUUUCAACGAAGAUGAGACGAUCCUAUCGGAGCCGAAGUGGGUGGCGUCGCCUUGUGCCGAAGGAACACAGGUAUUCAACGAGGAGGACCGCGUCGGGACGAUCCACCCCGUCUACACCAUCCCCCAAGAGAGCGUCGACGACAUGAAGGCGUAUUUUGCGUCGAAACAGGGAUUAUAG